CUAGCCUGAUAGCGGCCAUUGCUAACCACCUGAACUUUGACAUCUACGACCUCGAUCUGUCCGCGGUUCAGACGAAUAUCGAUCUCAAGCAACUGAUGCUCAGCAUGUCUAAACGGUCCAUACUAACAAUAGAAGACAUCGACUGCUCCACCAGCAUACACAACCGAGACACCGAAACAGAAUCAUCUGACCCUAAUCGCAAUAAGGUGAUGCUCUCGGGCCUCCUUAACUCUAUGGACGGGCUACUGUCGUGCUGCGGAGAGGCGCGGAUCAUUGUACUCACCACAAAUCACAAGGAGAGGCUCGACCCAGCGCUGCUCAGACCAGGUCGAAUGGACAUGCACAUCUGCCUGUCAUACUGCAGCAUUCCCACUUUCAAGGAGCUCACGUUCAACUACUUGGGGCUUCGGAAUCAUCAUCUCUUCCACGACAUUGAGGAGGUGAUCGGAGAGGCUAAGGUCACCCCAGCAGAGGUGGCCGGGGGGCUUAUGAAGAGCCGAAACGUCGAGGCAUCCCUUCAGGGCCUUGUCACCUUCCUCCAUAACAAAAUUGCCCAACGUGAUGCAGCAUGAGGCUAUAAGAAACAUAAGGUCCAUGACAAGCAGGGAAGGGAAAGAAAGACAAUCAACAAAUGAGGACCGCUUCAGGACGCUCAGAACAGUGGCAGUUUUGUCAAUCCGUAAAUCAGACUUCGGUUUCCCGAGGGUGCAAUAUGAAGAUUCAAGAAUGCCCCAUAGACAAAAUGUCAUAUCUGAGCAAGAAAAUGUAAAUUGAGACACAGUUGGAACACCUUUGUUUACAGAGUAAAUACAUUCUGAGCUAAAGAAUCAUUGCCCACAAUCUGCUGUUUUAUUUAGCGGAUGGAUAAAUAAUCAAUAAAAGGAAUAUAACACAGAUUAUUUCA